AUGAUCGACGAAUUGCGCACUUUUGCCAUCAAUUUGAAUGCAACUUGGGACGUGUCUGUGUGGGAGAGGGCCAUCGUGUUGAUACGCAUCGACGCGCGCCCGAGCUGGAUUUGUGCUGGUGCAGGUGCCUUAGUCACACGUGGUCGUUGGGCCGAAGGCCCACCGAUGCAUCUGCCCCCUCCGCCCAUCCGACGCGAGGCUGCUGCUGCUGCUGCAGGCACUGCUAUUGCCCACCAAUGCAACGCAGAAUCUCGUUUAAAGGAUUAUUCCCCGCAGAGAAGUAAAACGGUAUCGCCGUCUACAAAUGUGAGUCCUACGACUAACCAGUCUGUGAAUACCUACGAGAACUUGCAGCCCCCUCCCAAACCGUCUUUCAAUCCCGCUACCAGUCUUCAACUACUCACAGUAGAAGAACAAAACCUGGCACCACCCAAACCCUCCCUCGAACCACCUCAGUCCGAAGGACUUGACUCACUAAUUUAUUCAACCCUCAAAGAAUUCCGACCAACCGUGGAGCAGGUCAAAUCUGAUCCCCCAAGAGAGGAAGUUAAUCAAUCACUAAACAGUUCUACUGGAAGCAAAAAGUUCACAGUGACACCAGUUCCUUCUGGAGGCUCGCCAGCUGCUACCACCUUUGUCGAGAGUUUUUCCUCCCGAGGCUCCAACGAUGAUGUACAAUCAAAAAUUGCUGCGCCACAGGAGCCUCUGAAAUACAUUACGGUGCCUGAGGACCUGGUCAAUUUAGACAGGAGAAGAAAACACGGUCUGGAAGGUCUUGAUUGGUAUCUUCACGGACUGGAGCUCUCAAAAGAGAUAAUUCCGAGGCACUGGAUUGAGGGUAUUGUGUCCGAAAAUUCCUCAUCAACUUUCCAAGAUUUGAUAAAUUCCACCACCCCGUCUCCCACAUCACAAAACUUGUUUACUGCAACAGCUCCCAAUAACAUCGCCUCCUUCGCCACUGUCAGAAAUGGCACCUCUUACUCGUUCAACUACGAUUCUGACUACAGGUACAUUAUGGAGACACUUUUUAAUGGCAGCUCUAACGCAGACCAGAUUUCAAAUAUCACCUUUUUGGCUGAAAGUGUUAGAGCCAAUGUUACCCGGAUUAUUGCCACCUAUGUAAACCAGGUUGUUCAUGCAAUAAAAGAUGAGGGAUGGAACGGUGCUUCUAAUUUUGACGAUAUCAACUGGACUUUUGAGGGAGGAGUACUGUUUGCGAUCACUGUGAUCACCACAAUCGGGUAUGGGCACGUGACACCUCAAACACAAUAUGGGAAGCUUCUCACGAUGCUCUAUGCCGUCAUUGGGAUCCCACUUUUCUUUAUUUACCUCUCCAAAAAUGGCGACAUGAUGGCCUCCCUCUUCCGCCUCGCUUACGCUCGUGGAUGCAAACCAGUCUUUCGCAUGAUUAGUCGUCGGCGUAGUCGUAAUGCGACAAAAAAUGGGCUCUACAACUCUAUGCAAUCACUUGCGCUUAUCGCUAAUCUCGAUUCCACAGUCAUGCGUCUACAUCACAAGGACUCCACCAAUUCAAAUGAUUCGACAAACCUCGAUCGCAACCUCUCCAUACACUCAACCAAAACAACACACAGCGAAGGUUCCCCGCCAGCCGAUUUUUCGCGAUUUGAGAAGAAAUGCAGUGGCCGAAUUGGGUAG